ACAAGCUAGUCUGAAACUCACAUUCAGAUCUGAACCACAAUUCACUUGUGUCUCUCAACUUAUCAUACACAGAUUCAUCAGAUGGCUGGAAAAGGCGGCAAGGGGCUCGUGGCGGGGAAGACCACACAGGCGGCGGCGGCUAACAAGGAGAAAGACACCAGCAGGAGGCCUAUUUCUCGCUCUUCUCGCGCCGGUCUUCAGUUUCCAGUUGGUCGUAUCCACCGUCAUCUCAAAACAAGGACUUCUGCACAUGGGCGUGUUGGUGCCACGGCUGCUGUGUACUCGGCUGCAAUUCUUGAGUACCUCACAGCAGAGGUUCUUGAGCUAGCCGGAAAUGCAAGCAAGGAUCUGAAAGUGAAGAGGAUUACGCCAAGGCAUCUGCAGCUAGCCAUUCGCGGAGAUGAGGAGCUUGACACGCUCAUCAAAGGUACCAUUGCUGGAGGAGGUGUGAUCCCUCAUAUCCACAAGUCCCUCAUCAACAAAACCACAAAAGAGUAGGUGACUUGUUCAUUAAUUUGAAUAAGCUCCUGUCACCAACAAUGUUUUACUGCAAUUGUUUGCUUUUAAUGACUUCUUCUAGGUAUUUGUUAACUUUUUAAAGAUUGUUGUACUGUAUAUUUAGCAUUUUUUAUGAACUUGUGUGUUUGCUUAA